CGGACAUUAAAUAUCGGCAACCGCAAGAAGAGGGAUCGAGUCUUAAUAGGGGAACAAGCCGAGAGAACGGGCACACGAGUUCCAUGUUAUAGUGAACAAAGACUCCACACGAACCGGAUCAUCAUCAAAGACCAUCGUGAUAACUUGACAAUCGUUGAGCUGCUGCUGCAGACAGACCUACCGAAGAAUGUCCUCCUGCACCUCAAGUUGGUCUAUGGAGAGCACAGGCGACUCCAGAAGAUCAUCGCCAGACGUAGAGUUCUUCGUCAUCAAGCGCCCUUCGCAGGGAAUCUUCAGAAAACUCUUUCAAUCUCGAACUCCUGUGCGCUAUUUCGACUCAGCGUUACGUAUCAACCGAUCUACCCUCACGCAUGUCAAGAAAAAAAUUCAAGCAUUGAUUAUUCGCCAUUUGGACCUAUCCAAAUUGUACGGGGAUCUACCUCAAUCUCGCUUGGAUUUUUUGAAACGCGAGGUACUACUGGACGCAGAAUUAUCGUUUCUGACACAAUACGAAGAUGGUUGGGCAGUUGAUGUUCUGGUUCGUAACUUAUAUUACCGACGUCGUAGAAUGGCUGAACAAAAGCUCAAACUGGCUUGGAACGCACAGUGUCCGUGUAAUCAAAGGUCGUUCAACAGUCGUUCUCGCGUUCCUCGAGAUCUAGGCCCACGAACCAGACGUACCCAGACGAACGCCUCGUCGCGUGUAGCUCUCCUAUCAACCCGCUUAGAUUCAGCAACACCAAGUCUUCUUCGUUUUCAUCGAGCCAUCGUCCGCGCCGGCCUCUGUACGGACCACCAUCUACAGCAACUGUUCCGGAUGUCGGCCAAAUCGAGGGACAAAUUCAUUCUAAAAGCGCUAGGGAAGUCAACCUUAUUCGAACGAGUUGCAGUGUUGGAUAUUUUGGAACGGAUGAACAAAGAGCAAAUGUAGUUUGUAGAUAAUGAACUAGCAUUCUGCGGGAUGAUACAGAACCUCUUGUAUCAUAGUACAUAAAUACCGCACGCGCAUGCGAGGAUGUGGAAGUCAAUUGGUCAAAA